GGAGGCUCUCCCUCAUAAUAACAACACGCGCGCGAUCCGCCGCCCUGCUCCGACCUCUCGCAUUUAGUGCCGGUAGCGUGUGCAGUGCCACCACGUGAACCUUUCUUUAGGAACGAUAUGUGAAUAACAAAGUCUUUGUGUCCGCUCCCAUUGGAGCUAUGCCUCGUUAUCGCACAGCGCGCAAAAUGAAAUAGUAAGAGUGAUCGGUUGCCCCCGGCAUGAGGUCGGGGGAGGGCGAGGGCUCCGAGCUGGCGGAGUUCGGCGCGCGCUGGCCGCCGCCCUACGCGCAGGGCUACGGCUGGCGCUCCGCCACCCCCCAGCACCCGCCCGCGCACCACCUCGCGAGACAUUCACGCUCACAGCAGCGAUUGUUGCAGGAUAACCGUCACACCAGUUAUGAGGCGGAAGACGCGCGGGCGCGGGCGCGUGGUGGUGUGUACUACUCUCCGCCAGGCACCUCAUACACUAUAGUGGAACGACCGGCCUCCUCGCACGGUCACCACGCGCCAUACUCACAGCAUCAUUACCCGGGGAAGCUCUCAAGAGCACCCUAUCUUGGGUCUUCUAAUAUUGCUAACAGUGCAGGAGCAACUAGUCUACGUAAUAGUACGAAUCAUCUAAGUGCAAAUGGCAAGAAGAGACCGAUAUCACCGGAGCAAGUACUCCGUUUGUUCGGUCAAGGGGGAGCCGCGGCGCUGGGCAAGGCAUUGCCUCCUUCGCAUCCGCCGGCACCUUUGCCAGCACCUCUACCAGCACCAUUGCCAGCUAGGCGACAUUCGCCGGCUAGUAGUCCAAGCAGCACAACACAUCAUGCUAUAUACCGGGGCGAGCGGGACAGGGAGCGGCCGUAUUCUUCAGGAGGUGCGCCGCCGCCGCCGGCAGAACCCUCCACGCGGACCGUUACCAUGAGCCGCGACCCUGCAGACUCACAUGGCUUCGGCAUCUGUGUCAAGGGUGGGAAGGAAGCAGGUGUGGGUGUGUACAUAUCUCGGGUGGAAGAGGGCUCGGUGGCGGAGAGAGCGGGCCUUCGCCCCGGGGACUCCAUCCUACAGGUCAAUGGGACUCCUUUCUCGGGAAUAUCUCAUGAAGACGCGCUUAAAAUGUUAAAAUCAUGCCGGCAAUUGACAAUGGUUGUUCGGACAGCUGGUGCAUUAGUGGGAAGGGCAUCGUGUUCAUGGAUGGAUCGCUACGGAAGACCAGCUUCACCGCCAGCGCAGCGACCAUUGCGGUCCGCGAGCAAAGAUCGCUCUAUAAGAAGGGUGGAUUUAUGUAUCGAGCCGGGACAGUCAUUGGGUCUGAUGAUCCGGGGUGGACUGGAGUACAACCUUGGUAUCUACAUCACUGGGGUGGACAAGGAAUCAGUCGCGGACCGAGCGGGUCUUAUGGUCGGUGAUCAAAUAUUAGAAGUGAAUGGCCAAUCGUUUGUGAACGUGACUCACGAUGAGGCGGUCGCGCAGCUCAAGUACCACAAACGUAUGUCUCUGCUCGUAAGGGAUGUUGGAAAAGUUCCCCAUGCUUGUACUGCUUACGGAGAGAGGGACGCUGCCCCCAGAAUAAGCGGCUGGGGUAAACGAAGAGGGGCAGCAGCGACCGCCGUGGAACAGAAGGCCAAGUCGCUGUUACCGCAAAGCGAUAUACCGGCGCUAGCUUAUUAUAUGGAAGAGUACGCCUCAAGACGUCUCACUCCUGAUGCCUUUUUGACAGUGUUAAGAGAUCUUCUUGAUACGCCACAGAAGUACUCCCUUUUGACGGAAAUUCGAGAAUUUCUACUUCCGGAGGACCGGCCGCGGUUCGACGAACUUGUGUACAGGCGCCCUGAGGAUGGAACGGACCAUCAUUUGAAGCGGGGGAGUGAGAGACAUAUGCUGCCUUCUUCCACAAUGCACGAACUUCAUGAUCCGGAGGUGCCGGCAGAAGUACCUCUGGUGGUCGACCACCGCUCGCCCUCCGAAGACUCCGGUUUGGGUCUACCACCCCACGACCAAGCUUACAGGAGCGGGCGUGCUUGGCGCGCUGGAGACCCGCCGCCACCGGACGACGAGCUGGAGCCUCCGCCCGAGGAGUUCGAGGAGGAGGGUGGACGUUCUAGAAGACAUUCAUCCCCAUGUAAUUCGAGAGAGGGCAGUACAACAGCUCUACAUACGCAGCAUUACGACGAUACUGCACCAGUCUAUGCAGCGCCUGCAACAUGGGGAAGCGCAGAUCGACGAAGGCAGAGCAGCGAGAGUCGUACCCGACCACCAUGGAAAUCUACACAUCUCUGUGAAGAAGACCAAACCUAUCCUUGGCAUCGCGAUCGAAGGUGGUGCCAACACUAAGCAUCCGUUGCCUAGAAUAAUCAAUAUACAUGAGCAUGGUUCAGCAUACGAAGCUGGGGGGCUGGAAGUGGGACAGUUAAUUUUGGCGGUAGACGGGCAUCGAGUAGAAGGGAUGCAACAUCAAGAGGUUGCUCGACUCAUUGCUGAAUCCUUCGCGCAAAGGGAUA